AUGAAUCUCCCUUCGGAGUGUGAUGUGCUCGUCGUUGGUAGCGGCAAUGCCGGCUUCUGCGCAGCCAUAUCCGCCGCCCAGGCUGGGGCUCAAAAAGUGAUAAUCAUCGACAAAUGCCCCGAAGAAUGGGCAGGUGGAAACUCCUAUUUCACUGCAGGAGCGUUCCGCACGACUCAUGACGGUCUAGACGAUUUGCUUCCCUUGGUGAAUAAUGUCGACCAGACAACGGCGCAGAAGAUCGAGAUGGCCAGCUACACUGAGGCUGACUUUACCGGUGACAUGAACCGAGUGACUGGCAAUCGGACUGACCGCGAUUUAUGCCGGAUUCUAGUGACUGAUUCCAAUCCAACCGUCAAGUGGUUAGCAGCCAACGGAGUCCGGUUUCAACUUUCGUUCAACCGCCAGGCAUAUGAAGUCAAUGGCAAAAUCAAGUUCUGGGGCGGACUCGCCCUCAAAACCCAGGAUGGAGGCAAAGGACUCAUCCAAGACCAUAUCCAAGCCGCUCGAGCACACGGGAUCAACAUCUUCUAUUCAACCGCAGCGCAGCGGCUCAUCCGCGACCCGACCUCUCGCGCCGUGACAGGAGUCGAAGUCAUACAUCAGGGCCAGGAAACGACCAUCCGAGCCCGCGCCACCAUCCUGGCCGCCGGCGGAUUCGAAGCCAAUCCACGCAUGCGAUCCCAGUUCCUCGGUCCAGGCUGGGACGCCGCUUUGGUUCGUGGCACUCCUUACAACUUCGGAGACGGCCUUGAGAUCGCCAUCCGUGAUGUCUCCGCCAAACCCGCAGGGAACUGGUCUGGCUGCCAUUGCGUGGCAUGGGAUGCCAACGCGCCUGCGGACACAGGAGAUCGCGAAGUCUCGAACGAGUUCACCAAAUCGGGCUAUCCGCUAGGCAUCAUGCUGAAUCGCCAGGGUCACCGGUUCGUGGAUGAGGGCUCAGAUCUCCGCAACUAUACCUAUGCCAUGAUCGGACGACAGAUCCUGCAACAACCCGGCCACGUCGCGUUCCAGGUGUGGGACUCGCGGACAAUAUCCUGGCUGCGCACAGAGGAAUACCGGCCUGAGGUCGUACAGCAGAUCACCGCGUCGUCGAUCCCCGAGCUUUCGGAGAAAUGCGCCGAACACGGUCUCGAAGAUCCAAAGCAGUUGGAACGCUCUAUUCAUGAAUACAACGAGGCUGUUUAUGAGAGCCAACGACAGGAUCCGAAGCGGACAUGGGAUCCAGCCGUGAAGGACGGCUUGUCGACUCAAUCACCGGCACGCAGAUUAACAAUCCCCAAAUCCAAUUGGGCUUUGCCUGUCGACCAAGGGCCUUUCCUAGCGGUCAAGGUCAGCUCAGGAAUCACGUUCACGUUUGGAGGACUAGCUGUCAAUCCGGAGACUGUGGGUGUUAUCUCGUCGUUGACGAACGAGGAAAUCCCUGGGUUGUAUUGUGUUGGAGAGAUGCUUGGAGGGUUAUUCUAUGAUAACUACCCUGGAGGCAGCGGGUUGACUUCAGGAGCGGUGUUUGGUCGACGUGCAGGACGGGCUGCUGCUGCUGCCGCUGCGUGA